CUGCCAGGCUGUAAGAGCUGCAGUGAGCAAGGGAGCGCGUAGAGAUCGGAGCGUUCUUGUCUUUGGGGAUAUAUGGACACACAUUCACCGAACUGAAGCUGUACGCGAAGUUGUCAGUGACUUUAACGUUUCCUUCACGCUGCUAAGACCAAGAUUAAACGGGAUUUUAUAACAUUUUUACCAGAUGAAAACUAUCAAAUAAAAGAAGCACACCGCGCUCAGGUGUUCAUUGUAGGACUAACUUAUACCUGCUGGGACAUAUAGAGAGAAACUUUCAUUGGAUUCCCUGUUGGACUCAAGAUUCUUUUGGGCAGUGACCUUUCUUAAACGUGUCGGACUCGACCGGAUGCACCAUGAUGCUGGAGAGUCCUUGGAAAGUCCAGAUUCUCCUGGCUCUAUCUGUCCUGACUUUGGGUUUGGACAAUGACACCCAGAACGCCCCUCGAGUCUACUUGUCCUUCAAAGAUCUGAAGUCUACAGAUACAGCCCAUCAUUUCUCCUUUCUGUUGAACACAUCGGACUAUCGCAUCUUACGCAUGGAUGAAGACCACGACCGCAUGUAUGUGGGCAGCAAAGACUACAUUCUGUCCCUUGACCUUCACGACAUCAACCGAGAGCCCCUCAUAAUACACUGGCCCGUUUCACAACAGAGGAAGACCGAGUGUGUUUUAAGUGGCAAAGACACAAAUGGCGAGUGUGGUAAUUUCGUCCGUCUGAUCGAGCCGUGGAACAGGACGCACCUGUACGUGUGCGGGACGGGCGCCUACAACCCUGUGUGCACCUAUGUGAACCGAGGACGCAAACCCAUGACGGCCAUGCAUCUGCAGAUGCCCCAGAUCAAAGGACGUGCAAGUCGUGCGGCUGAACCAGAAAUAGUGUUUGAUGAUACAGGAUUACAGGAAACAGUAUUCCAAUUGGAGCCAGGCAAAGAGGAUUCUGGGAAGGGAAAGUGUCCAUAUGACCCAAAGUUAAACAGCGUCUCUACGUUGAUCAAUGGAGAGCUGUAUGCAGGAGUCUACAUUGACUUUAUGGGCACUGACUCUGCUAUUUUCCGAACCUUGGGGAAAAAUGCCAUCAUGCGGACCGAUCAGUACAACUCUAGAUGGCUGAAUGAUCCAUCCUUCGUACACGUGCACCUCAUCCCCGACAGCAACGAGAAAAACGAUGACAAACUUUACUUUUUCUUCCGUGAGAAGUCUUCCGAGAUGGGCCAGAGUCCCAAAACCCAGUCCCGUAUUGGCCGAAUCUGCCUGAACGAUGACGGCGGUCACUGCUGUUUGGUCAACAAGUGGAGCACUUUCCUAAAAGCUCGGCUCAUCUGCUCCGUCCCAGGGGCUGAUGGGAUUGAAACGCAUUUCGACGAGCUCCGGGAUGUGUACAUACAGCCCACUCAGGACACGAAAAAUCCGGUGAUCUAUGGGGUCUUCUCUGUUUCUGGCUCUGUAUUCAAAGGCUCAGCCGUCUGCGUGUACUCCAUGGCGGACAUUCGGAUGGUGUUCAACGGACCGUUUGCACACAAAGAAGGGCCCAAUUAUCAAUGGGUGGCCUACAGCGGCAAAAUCCCAUACCCUCGUCCAGGAACAUGUCCUGGUGGGACCUUCACUCCCAACAUGAAGUCCACAAAAGACUACCCGGACGAGGUCAUCAACUUCAUGAGGAACCAUCCCACCAUGUACAACGCUGUGUAUCCAGUGCACAAGCGCCCCCUGGUGGUCAGGACCAAUGUGGACUACGAGUUCACCACCAUCACUGUGGACCAGGUGACUGCGGCUGAUGGAAACUAUGAGGUGCUCUUUUUGGGAACAGAUAAAGGUACAGUGCAAAAAGUCAUUGUCCUGCCUAGAGAUGACCUGCAGACAGAAGAACUGGUUCUGGAAGAAGUUGAGGUCUUUAAGGUGCCUGCUCCUGUCACAACUAUGAAGUUAUCUUCAAAACGGCAACAACUGUAUGUGGCGUCUGAGGUGGGCGUGACUCACCUGGCCCUGCACAGGUGUGAUGUCUACGGCGAGGCGUGCGCAGACUGCUGUCUGGCCCGGGACCCUUACUGUGCCUGGGACGGUUCAUCCUGCUCUCGGUACUCGGCCUCGCAGAAAAGACGCAGUCGGCGGCAGGACGUGAAGUAUGGGAACCCCAUACGGCAAUGCAGAGGAUACAAUUCCAACACUAAUAAGAACACACUGGAGUCGGUGCAGUACGGGGUGGAGGGCAGCAGCACAUUUCUGGAGUGCCAGGCCAAAUCUCCUCACGCUGCUGUCAAAUGGCAUCUUCACAGAGACAACAGUGACCGCAGACGAGAGGUUCGCAGUGAUGGCCGCGUGUUGAAGACGGAGCAGGGCUUACUGCUCCGAUCUCUACAGGCUUUCGAUUCUGGAAUCUACGUCUGCACAGCCACAGAGAAAAACUUCAAGCACACCUUGGUCAAACUUCAGCUGGUGGUUUUGAACAACCAGGCCGUCAAUAACAUCCUGGUGGAAACGGGCCGCCCGGCAGCUUCCUCGCUUCAGUCCAGCGCCUGGACGCCCAGCGCUGGACAGUACAAAGACCUUCUCACCAUCCUUAGUCAGCCCGAGAUGGGGCUCAUAAACCAGUACUGUCAGGACUAUUGGCAGUACGGAGACCCGCUGAUGGGAGGCAUCAAGUCCAAAGACCUGAAAGAGCUCAAGGAACAGAAGAAACCGCGGAAUCGCAGACAUCACGGGGAUGAGGAGGAAACAUGAGGGGUGGUGGUCCAAAACAGACAGCCCUUAUAGGAAAGACUAUAAAGAGAAAAACAUGGAAUCUAAAACUUCCAUCGAAUGAACUUUGCAAAUCCAAAUGGAAUUCCCUUUUCACGCAUAAAGAUGAUAUCAUACACAGUAUUUAUUGUAGGUUGUAUAUAGUACCAUUCUGUGGAUUUCUUUGUACUUAAAUAGAAAAAAAUGCUCUUGUGUAAGUACGUAAUGGGCAAAUAUUAUUGUAAUAUUUUUGUCAAGCCAAUUUUUUUCAUCUUCCGGGCAUUGAUGACUGUUGUGUACAUUGACAUAACUCCAUUGACUAUGAACUGAGUCGGACUUAAAUGGUUGAGAUGGGAAUGGGAAGAGCAACCGGGCAAAAUAUUCCCCUGCCCGCCGGACUCUAUACAGGAAAAGACAUUUGGAAAGGCGGGGACGUCAUAAUGCUUCUCACCACUAGUCCCACUCCCAAGUGCAUUCUGGUCCCUCACUGGUUACAAUGAUACACCGGCUCAUAUCGUCUUCCUUGAUGUCACUGUAUGCACACAUUGGUUUUCAUUGCACAAAUGUUAAAAUUUGUCAUGUGCAGUGUUGGGGGUAAUGCAUAACAAGUAAGGUGCAUUACGUAAUAAUAUUAUUAGUAACACAUUACUUUUUAAAUGUACACAUUAAUAUUUGCGUUACUUUUGCAAGUUACUUUUCAGUUUAAUUAAUUUGAUUUAAAAAAAAUAAAAAAUGUACUGAAUUAAACUAAACGUGGUGAUGUAGAAUUAGACACUCUAUGCGCGCGCGCCAGUUGACAUUUUUGUGAUGGAAAAUGCAAUUUCUGAAUGCAGAACUUCAUUAAAAACACCUGCAAGGCCUUAAAGAGAUCAAGCUCAGCCAAGUAACAAAAAGUAAUGCAAAAGUAACUUAAAAGUAAUGUAAGUAUUACUUUCCAUGAAAAGUAACUAAGUAACGCAAUUAGUUACUUUUUUGAGGAGUAACUUAAUAUUGUAAUGCAUUAUUUUUAAAAGUAACUUUCCCCAACACUGGUCAUGUGCGACAUGAACGGACUCGUAACAAGUUUAGUCUGAUGUGUAGAAGCGCUGCUGGGGGUUUUUAGUAGUAGCAUCUUUUUUGUAUUUUUUAUUUUGGAAAAGACUAAAAGCACAAAUCGUCUCACACUGCCAUUAUUACACGAGUAUCUGUGUAAAUCUGUGUGAAGUUGCAUUUCACUCCAAAAUCAAUACUAUAGUUAGGUUGUAUUACCACCAGGUACCAAUUUUAAGCAAAUUUAAUUUAUUCAUCUGGGCAUUUAAUUUUUUUCUUAUUCACAUUCUUAAAGAUGAUUCCCUCAUACAGUAUUUUUUACAGUAAACAUUGUAUUUUUGUCAUAAAUGAAAAGCAUUAUUUCCUCUUCUGAAUUUGGGGUGACACAAACCAUAUUAAAACGCUUACUGUAUAAAAACAUUUGAUCCGAGUUUUUAAACUACUCAUGGUUUCGGGAAGCUGGCUUCAUUGUGUGCAUGAUUAUUUAGUGGUACAUUGUGUAUUGGGUGAAAUUAAAGAUAACUAUGUUGCAGAUCUUUCUGUUCUUAUAUUUUAUUGUAAGGUCAGCGUUUGGCCACACAGUGCAAGUACUCACAUUAAAACGACAACGAUAAGGUUACGUUCCUUGCGAAAUACCACACGUUCUUUCUUCAGUUGAAGCGUUGUCUUACAUUGCGAGAAAAUGGUUGUACAAUUUCUAGGUAUUUUUAAGAUGUGUCUUUAGAAAUGUUUGUGUUUUUAUUUUGUCAUCCGUUUGAGACUAAAAGCACAUGUGAUGUUACUGUGAUUAUUGUGUAAAUGAUUUUCUUUCCCCUUUGCUGUUGCUAACUAAUAAAUUAAAGCUCUAUA